AUGGCCGGCAUCGGUCUCGUUAUCGCCCACGCAUAUCUGCCCGAGGCCGCCAGAAGGACUUUCGUUGUAGGCGCGCUGCUACCUGCACGCCUUGACACUGAUGUUCGGGUCACGAUGCUGGGCCUCAACAGCCACUCGGUUGAGCUUUUGGGACUUUCGUCUUUGGCGUGUCUGGGCGACCUGCCCCACCUGGUCUGUCCAAGGAGUUUGUGA